AGGGCGGGAAUACCCCGGGAGAUCCAGCCCAUGUUUGGAGAUGUUAGGAGAUGUUUGUCCGUCAGAGAAACCGCUAGAAGGAGCCGGAGAGAGGAGACCCCUCAGACCCGCCCGUGUAGAGCCGAGUCUCCGCACUGAGACCCCCUCAGACCCGCCCGUGUAGAGCCGAGUCUCCGCACUGAGAGCCGCGGCCAUGGCUCAGGCCAAGAUCAGCGCAAAGAUCAACGAAGCCGCGAGAAGCGGGAAGUUCAGCCGCACUGUCUCCAUGGCGGACCGCUCUCUGCGCCUCCUGGAGAGUCUGGACGAUCUGGAAACGAGGGUGGAGGCUCUGAGAGAAGCAGCUACAGCCAUGGAGCAAGAGAGGGAGUGCCUAUUAGAAAUGAUUCAGUCCAUUCAGAACAGCCAGGAAAUGAGAACCAUAUGUGACGGAGAAAGAGAAGAGCUCACGCUUACUGCCAACAGGCUCAUGACCAGAACCCUGACGGUCCAGGUCUCGGUAGACACGAUCCGAAACGACCAGCAGGAAGACGCCCUGAAGAAAGCCAUGGCCAUUAUUGAUGAAAUAGCCAAUAAUGUGCUGGACAACUUGGAGGGCGCAGUAAAGAAGCUGCAGGCUCUUCAUGCUGCGUGCGUUAGCGAGGCUCCGGCCGUGCCUGUUGACCAGAAGUUUCAGAGCAUCGUGAUCAGCUGUGCUCUGGAAGACCAGAAGAAAAUCAAGCGGCGCCUCGAGACUCUGAUGAGGAACAUGGGUAAUGCUGAGAGAACCAUUAAAAUCAUGGAUAAUCAGAAGGUUGAUGAACCAAACAGUGUCAAUGGCAAAUAAUCAUGGUGCAGCUGAAGGAUUACAGAACAGAGUAACUACUGUAGCAAGUGCCUUUCCUAACCACUGAGGUGACCACAGGCUUCCAGACAUCACCAUAUUUGUACAUGUUGUGCUGCACUUUAAAGGUCCUGCACAGUUUUCUUGGCGUCUGUUGUGUGACUUGGCUUAAUGAGAACUUCGUUACACUUCUUAGUUCAAUCACACUCAAAUGUUACCUCUCUUCAGAGACAUUUGACAUACAAUGAAAAAAAAACUAAUGUGUACUCAGUGUAUUAUCUUUAAACUUAAGCAGAAUAUCAUCUCAAUUCCAGUCUUGUCUUGAAUAUUAAAGGGUCCAUAUCCGCAAAAAUCUGAUCUUAUUCCUUUUUUUGUGCUGCAUGUAAGUAUUAGGAAAGUGUCCAAAUGUACUCCCAUGCAGUUAAUGUGGAAACUAAGCUAAUAUAAACAGCCCACCAAUACAUUUACUUACAUAGGUUCUCUAUUUAGAUUACAGCAAUCCAGCUUCACCUGUACACUCUACAAAAAUACCAAGUCUCUUGUUUUUAGAUAAUCCAAGUGGAACAGAUGUUAGGGCUGGGUAAUAUAAUAAAAAAACUUAUGCUAAUGAAAAAUGGUGCUGUACAGUACAACAUUCUAAAAUCAAAGUAUAUUUAUGUAUUCAUAACGCCAGAAACACAUCAUGCGAUAUAGCUAAAUAGUGGAUAUUUGCUUGUAAAUAGCCACCAGUUGAACUUUUUUAAUGGUUGUUCAGUAAGUCAAUGUUUCUGUGUACUUUAGUACGAGGAUACUCACAAUAUGCACAUCAAUCAAUAAUGCCAUCCCCCUGGUGCCGCCCAACCAUUUGUACCUCACUGCUAUCAGAGGCUCACUACUGUUUUAUUAAGCUCUCUGUUUUCCCCCCGCCCCUAAACCCAUACAUCAUCCAGUGCCCCUCACAUUUUUUCCGCCUUUUCAAAUUUGAGCUGUGGGUGGAGUCAGCUAAAAUCAGGGGGAUUAAUUACCCUUUAAUUUCAACAUAAUUUACAGAAGACUGCACUGUGCUAAGCAGUUUCACCACUGACAAUCCAUACACGCUCCUUCUGUAACAAAAUUACAGGUGUGAUGAUGGGAUAUGGCCAUUUUUAUAUCUCCUAUAAAUACAAUAUUUUAUUUCAAUGUUUUUAAGGCAGUGUUUCUUAGCCCUGGUUCUGGAUCCCUCUGGUCUGCACAUUUAGUGCUUUCCCUUCUCACAGCAAACCUGAUUCGAAUAAUCAGUUCAUUAAAAAGCCCUUUCAGAGUUACAGGAGUGUGUUAAAGCAGGGAGAUCACUAUGUGCUGGACAGGGUUUCCUGGAGCAGGAAUGAGAAAAACUGUUUUAUGCCACAGUAAGACAGAUUAAUUAAUAAGAUUAAUUCUAAGGGAUAAAGUGAAGUUGGGAUAUGUUCAUGUUGAAUUGGUAUUAUGUUCCAGGCUUGUGUUGCAAGUUAAAGACCUUAAGGGAAAAUGAUACAAGGAUAUGGAUCCUUUAGCAUCUCAAGUCCUGCUUAUUUAAAUACACUUCAGUGACCCUGACACACACAUUUAGGCUUAAUGAUUAAACGUGUGCUGAGUGAUUUAAUGAUGGAGGUGAUGUUUUUAUGCAUUACUGACUCUCCCAUGCGUUUACUCCUGCUGUACAGGACCUUUAAUGUUGUUUGCAGGUUUUAAAGCUUCUUUUCUUUUCGUUUUGAAUUAAUUUCACUUCUAUCACUUCACUGCAUUUUCUCCAGUGAACACAGCUUAUUUUCCACACUUUACUACACCUCUCUCUGUCUCUGACCCAGAGCAGAACUUAGGUUCACAUCUAAACAAAUGAAGAAAAAAGAAAAUCAAACAUAUUAAACAUUCCUUCAUAUCA